AUGUUCGACCUCUUUAGCACACCUGUCUUCGCCUUCUCCUCUGCUCCCUCCAUUUCCGUUCCUACCACGUACGAGGAGGCAAUGGCGUGCCCUGACGCUCCGCUAUGGCUCGCCGCCAUCAUCAAGGAGUUGGAGGCCUUUAUCGGCAACUCCUCGCGUGUUGCUGGGACAGCAUGUUCACUUGCACUCCCCCAUGCUGUCUACGGCCCAGCAACAAGCCUGGUCGCACUGACAUGUGGGUGGAGGUUGGGGGUAGAGGGGGAGGGGGCCUCUCUUUCUGAAUCGCAAGCCCUUCUUGCUCUCUCCCUUCUUGCUCUCUCCCUUCUUGCCCUCGCCCUUCUUGCUCUCUCCCUUCUUGCUCUCUCCCUUCUUGCUCCCUCCCUUCUUGCUCUCUCCCUUCUUGCUCUCUCCCUUCUUGCUCUCUCCCUUCUUGCUCUCUCCCUUCUUGCUCUCUCCCUUCUUGCUCUCUCCCUUCUUGCUCUCUCCCUUCUUGCUCUCUCCCUUCUUGCUCUCUCCCUUCUUGCUCUCUCCCUUCUUGCUCUCUCCCUUCUUGCUCUCUCCCUUCUUGCUCUCUCCCUUCUUGCUCUCUCCCUUCUUGCUCUCUCCCUUCUUGCUCUCGCCCUUCUUGCUCUCGCCCUUCUUGCUCUCUCCCUUCUUGCUCUCUCCCUUCUUGCUCUCUCCCUUCUUGCUCUCUCCCUUCUUGCUCUCUCCCUUCUUGCUCUCUCCCUUCUAGCUCUCUCCCUUCUUGCUCUCUCCCUUCUUGCUCUCUCCCUUCUUGCUCUCGCCCUUCUUGCUCUCUCCCUUCUUGCUCUCUCCCUUCUUGCUCUCUCCCUUCUUGCUCUCUCCCUUCUUGCUCUCUCCCUUCUAGCUCUCUCCCUUCUUGCUCUCUCCCUUCUUGCUCUCUCCCUUCUUGCUCUCUCCCUUCUUGCUCUCUCCCUUCUUGCUCUCUCCCUUCUUGCUCUCUCCCUUCUUGCUCUCUCCCUUCUUGCUCUCUCCCUUCUUGCUCUCUCCCUUCUUGCUCUCUCCCUUCUUGCUCUCUCCUUGCUCUCUCCCUUCUUGCUCUCUCCCUUCUUGCUCUCUCCCUUCUUGCUCUCUCCCUUCUUGCUCUCGCCCUUCUUGCUCUCUCCCUUCUUGCUCUCGCCCUUCUUGCUCUCUCCCUUCUUGCUCUCUCCCUUCUUGCUCUCUCCCUUCUUGCUCUCGCCCUUCUUGCUCUCUCCGUUCGUGCUCUCUCCCUUCUUGCUCCCUCCCUUCUUGCUCUCUCCCUUCUUGCUCUCUCCCUUCUUGCUCUCGCCCUUCUUGCUCUCUCCCUUCUUGCUCUCUCCCUUCUUGCUCUCUCCCUUCUUGCUCUCUCCCUCCUUGCUCUCUCCCUUCUCCCUUUCAUCCCCCUCUCCCUUUCAUCUCCCUCUCCCUUUCAUCCUUCCCUCCCUUUGA